CUCGGUCCAAAAAGUUCAUUUCCAUCCGCCACCGCUAGCAGAACAGCGGCUUUGUGGAGGAGCUUCUGGAGACAGACGAGCGGUGUGACGCUGCCGUGGUGAAGUAAGGCGAGACUGUUCUUCACACUAGUUAUCUUGAUGUCUACCGAGGCUGAGCCGACGCACCAGGCCGUGGAGGAGGCGAGCACGGAGGAGCAGCAGGAGAUGGAUGACACGGUUGUGAGUCCUGAGAAAGCAGAGGAAGCCAAACUGAAGGCUCGAUACCCGCAUCUGAGGACUAAGCCUGGUGGCUCAGACCUCCUGAGGAAGAGGCUUCAAAAAGGGCAAAAGUAUUUUGACUCUGGAGAUUACAAUAUGGCCAAAGCCAAGAUGAAGAAUAAACAGCUCCCCACAGCCACUGCAGAGAAAACGGAGAUCACUGGAGACCACAUCCCCACUCCUCAGGAUCUGCCCCAAAGGAAGCCCUCGCUGGUGGCCAGCAAACUGGCCGUCUGAUAUGAACUCUGUGGAGACUCUGUCCUCUUUCCAUUCCUGGUGUCUUGAUCUCCCUUUACCUCCAUUUUUCUGUGUUUUUUUCCUGUCACCCUUUUUACCUUCCUAUUGCCUGUUUGAUUGCUCUGAAGAAAAUGCAUUUUGAUAAAGGAAAAAAAGGACACUUGUUUGUUUGCUGCUGGGUGCUCCUUUACCUGUUCAUCUGUGGAAAUGAGGUUUUGGCUGUAGAUUUAGUUCCAGAGUCUACUCCCAGGUUUGAACAUACUGUAAGCUGACUGAAGCAAGUUAACAUUUUUAGGGUUUUACAUUUUUAUGCACUCAUUCUCAUGCAGUGGUUCAUGUACAUUAUGUUGUUUGAUUGAAAGACUUGAGCGGACUUUGAACAGUAACCAUGUCCCUCUCAUUUGUCAAAACUAUGUCUUGUGAGACGCAGAGGUUUUUUGAGGUGUGUUGCUUGCCUCCUGCCUGUGACUUAAUGGUAUCUGCCACAGUUUCUCUUGGGCAAUAUUUGCCCACUCUGAGAGGGGAGCCGUUUGAGGCUCCAGAGCUUGACAUACUAUGUCUCUGAUGUCUCUUUUCUUCAUCGUUUAGGUCGUCUGCAGGGGGCAGCUCGCUCACAUAAUAUCCAAACUGUGCACAAGCAAUUACUGUCACGGCUGUGCCAUUUGUUUUGUAAAUAAAAUAGUUUUGCACAAUA